GUCAUCUUCGCCUUCUCAUUGUCUUCUUGCAUCGUCGAUGCUGCUUCGCUGGACUCACCGCUAUCGACUUCCUCUUCCAUAAUUGAGACCAUUUCCUACGCAUCUCUCUUCGCUACUGCUUCCUGCAUUGAACGCCCGAGGACAUACACGACUACGGCCAGAACGGCACGGCAUAUUAGACGGCAUUCCGUAUCAUAGCAAAGAUACUCGAGCUUUGAUCUAGGACCUCCAAGAAUCAAGACAGCUCAAGCGCGUGGCUGAGGGUUCACGCCGAGCUAUUCGCGUCAGGCGACCCCUCCACUACGAGAGGUCCAGUACCCAUACCAAGAGCCUCGCGACCAGACCGAGCAGAAAUACUCGAAUCGCGAGAGAUCAUCUUUUUGCCUACCUUAUCGAUACGAAUGUCUAGCACUCCUCGCCCUUGACAACACCAAAGCCACAAUCACCAUGGAACCCUGGUUGCACUCCACCCUCCUCGAACCCGCUCUCCCACCUUACUGCACUCCGACCAACGACUUCCUCCUCCGCUUCUCAUCCGUCUUCCACGUCUGCGUCCCUACCCCUCUAGCAUUCACCUCCAACCUCCUCGGCGGCUUGAGCAUCCUCGCCUGGCUCUUCGCCCAGCUCCCGCAAAUUAUCAAAAACGCUCGAAUACAAUCCACCGCCGGACUAUCGAUAUUCUUCCUCGUGGAGUGGUGUCUAGGAGACUUUAGCAAUCUGUUGGGAGCGCUGUUCACGCAUCAGGCGCCGUGGCAGGUGGCGAUCGGAUGCUAUUAUGUUUUCGUGGAUGUCUGUUUGGUUGGGCAGUGGGUUUGGUAUGAAGGCUUGAAGCACGGGACUGACGACCUCACUCCAGGUGAAACUCCUCACCCGACCCGCCCUAGGGUGAUCUUCCGCACACCAACCUUCCAACGCGACGAAAAAGAUGAGAAACUCACCCCAUCUUCCUCUUCUCGCUCACCGACCAUCCACCGUCUCGGCGCUCCCUCCAACUCACCAUGCCCAUCGCCGUCCCCUCGUACCAUUCUUUUCCUCGCCUGCCUCAUCGUCAUGGCGCAAGCCAAACCUCUCCCAUCCUCCCCCUCGGCAAUCCUCUCCCCCACCAACUCCACUCCCUCGACCCCUCUCGAAAACGCCGGAACCCUCCUCUCCUGGACCUCAACAGCCCUCUACCUCGCCUCCCGCGCUCCCCAACUCCUCCAAAACCACCGCCGGAAAUCCGUCGCCGGCCUCUCCCCCCUCCUCUUCCUCGCCGCCUUUUGCGGGAAUCUAUUCUACUCCUCCGCUCUACUCACCAAUCCCUGCGCAUGGUCGGACUUCCAGCCCUACGGCGGACAUGGCUGGGUCGGAGAGGAAGGAAGCGAUAUGUGGGAAUGGAGAAUGGCCGCCAUGCCGUUUUGGUUGGGUGCCGCGGGGGUGUUGGGGAUGGACGCGGCGAUGGGGGUGCAGUUUUGGGUUUAUGGGCGGAGUGGAGAGGAGGAGGAGGGAUUGGUGGUGCUGGAACGGGAGGAUGGAGAGGGGAGUAGGAGAGGAAAGUGGCAUUGGAGACGGGUUAGUGGGUGGAUGAGAGGAUGGGUGCCGGUGGGAAUACGGGAUGUGGAAGGGCGGGAUGAGAGGGCGAGGUUGCUGGCUGAGGGGAGAGGUGAGGGUGGGUAUGGAGGCUUGUGA